GGAUACCUUAUAUACCUUUUAUUGUUUUAUUUUUUAAAAAUUAAGGUAGAACAUUUUAUAUUUUUUUUUACUUGUAACUGAGUUGCAAAAUGAAUCGGAUAACUGUGCUUCGUCCACAUGCGCCGACUUGUCUGCCAGUUCAAGUCUUGCUCUCUGGCUCAGUUUUACUAAGAGUGUACCGUCUUCGAAAUGGAUUCAAAACUGCACAGUUUAUCAGUCCACACGCAACGUAAUCUUCAACGUUUUGAACUGCGCAGACAAAACGUGCAAAACGGAGGUCUGGACAGGCCUUAAGACAUCCCCAUUGUGGUCCUUAGAUCUCUCAAUUACACCCCUAUAGUGGUGCUGUGAUAUACACCCCUGUCUCCUGGAGCAUAAUGAAGACCAAUCUACAGGUCACCUUCCUACGCUUCUUCCAAGAAAUGUUAUUGCUCUCCUCAUCUUAAACCGUGCAAGCAAAAGUAGAAUGAGAAAAAGUGUAGAUCUUACAUUUACUGUUUCCUUCCUCAAUCCCUGGUUUGAAAGUUUCUCUUAAUUGAAACUCCUAUUAAAAUAUAGUUCACUCAAAUCAUAACCUUUCUUAAAUAAAACUUUCCUUUCUCUCGCUGCACAUAAAUUCAAAACCAUCUAAAAAUGUGCCUCAUUCAAAAAUAUUGAUGCAAGUUACAGGACUUCUGAGUUUCCUUGCUCAAAAAAUAAUUAUCUUGUUUUAAUCCGAUUCGGAAUUAUUAGUCAUUGUUUUUUAAAUUUUGUAUAAAGUUAUAACAAUUUCUUUAAUCUACCCGAAACAAAACAAUGGAGCUAUAAUUAGAGGGAAUUAAAUUAUUAAUUGUAAAAUUAUAGAUAACAUAUGACUUAAGUUUUAAAAGCGGAAAAUGAAUUUUAAAAAUAAAAUUUUAAUAUAAGCGAAUAGUGAAAAUUUAUAUUGAAUUUCAGAAAUUACAUAGGCUGUGGUGACCCCCCUCCCACCGUUUGUUCCUUGGCUUGUCAACUAAUAAACUGCACUUCUAGACGUCUCGCCAUUUUGCGAUUUUGGUUAGACUUAUCAAAGAAAUCAAGAUGCCUAACAUCAAGUUGCAGAGUUCUGAUGGAGAAAUAUUUGAAGUGGAUGUGGAAAUUGCAAAAUGUUCAGUAACCAUAAAGACUAUGUUGGAAGAUCUAGGUAUGGAUGAAGAUGAAGAAGAAGUUGUUCCUUUGCCAAAUGUUAAUUCUGCUAUUUUAAAGAAAGUAAUUCAAUGGGCUACAUACCAUAAGGAUGAUCCACCACCACCUGAAGAUGAUGAAAAUAAGGAAAAGAGAACAGAUGACAUCUCAUCUUGGGAUGCAGACUUUUUGAAAGUUGAUCAAGGAACUCUUUUUGAGUUGAUUUUGCAUCUGACAACGGUUGUAGCAGUUCAUUGGUUGGCAACCACCUGUUCGUCCUGGAGAAGAUAUCAAGCCGCUAAAAUACAAAAUGGUGGCCAUGUGAAGAUAGAAGAGAGCUUAUAG